CUUAUAUAUAUCUACUUUUUUAUCAUUCAAUUCAUAUUUCAAUGAGUGAUGAAAUAGAAAAUAAAAAAGAUACAGAUGUUUUCAAUAUUUUAAAUGAACUCAUUUCAAAGCAACAGAAAAAACAGAUAUCAGCUGUUUCUAAACAAGAUCAUACAUUUUCAACAGAAAGUUCUAUUAAUUAUAAAAAUGAUGAUUUAAAGCAAUCUACAUCUUAUUCUCCAAACUUUAUAGUAAAACCAGAUGUUGAUCCAGCAUCUAUUGAAACAUAUCCAAGCGCAUUGCGUUAUAUUAUACAAUUAACUAUGUGGGAUCCAUCUAUAUUAAAAAAAAUUAAAGAAAUGGUAGAAGAACAAGCAAGUUAUGAGGAAAAAUGGUUAAAAGAUAGAGAAAUAUUGAUUGAAAAUUUAAGAAAUAAGCAAAAGGCAAAUGAAAUUGUUUCAAGCUUAACAGGUGAAGAAGAAAAGGAAUUUGAAAAAACAAUAGAAGAUGAACUUCUUUUAUAUGAUUUAAAGAUACACAGAGCUUUACGGGAAAUGUCUAAAGCACAAGAAAAAGAACUUCAGAAACUCGGUAUACCUUUUUUUGUCAAUACAAAAAAUAAAAUAAGUAUAGAAAAUAAGAAAAAAGUUAUUCAACUUCUCAAAGAUCUUAUUUCUAAAUAAAAAAUAAUAAAUCUUACUUAUUAAACCAAAAAUGUUGCUGGUA